CCCUACAAGAAACCCCCCAUCCCCAGAAUCCAAUCGCGAUCGCAACACCUUCUAGCCCUCAAAACCGUGCUCAAGAUACCCGUUGAAAAUGUCGAAUCUCUCUAUCGAGCUCAAGACGCCAAUUACUGGCACCUACAAGCAGCCCACCGGCCUGUUCAUCAACAACGAGUGGGUUGAAGGUGUCGACAAAAAGACCUUCGAGGUCAUCAACCCCACAACAGAGGAGGUCAUCUGCUCCGUCAGUGAGGCCACAGAGAAGGAUGUCGACCUUGCCGUCGCCGCUGCGCGAAAGGCCUUCGAGGGCGUCUGGCGCGAGACCACACCCCAACAGCGCAGCAUUCUGUUGAUCAAGCUUGCGGACCUGGCGGAGAAGAACCUGGACCUGCUGGCUGCUGUCGAGUCUCUCGACAAUGGCAAGUCCAUUACCAUGGCACGAGGCGACGUUGGGGCCGUCAUCGGCUGCAUAAGAUACUACGGAGGGUGGGCGGACAAGAUUGAGGGCAAGACUCUCGAUGUUGCUCCGGACAUGUUCCACUAUACGAAGCAGGAGCCUAUCGGUGUCUGUGGCCAGAUCAUCCCGUGGAACUUCCCUCUUCUCAUGUUUGCCUGGAAAAUCUCCCCUGCCCUUGCCACCGGUAACACAGUUGUGCUCAAGACCGCCGAGCAGACCCCGCUCUCUGCUCUCGUCUUCGCCAACCUUGUCAAGGAGGCGGGUUUCCCUCCCGGUGUUCUAAACGUCAUCUCCGGUUUCGGCAAGGUUGCGGGAGCCGCUGUUGCCUCGCACAUGGAUAUCGACAAGAUUGCCUUCACUGGCUCAACCUUGGUCGGUCGGUCUAUCAUGAAGGCUGCUGCUUCGUCGAACCUGAAGAAGGUGACGCUGGAGCUAGGCGGCAAGUCACCCAACAUCGUCUUCAACGAUGCCGAUAUCGAGCAGGCGAUCAGCUGGGUCAAUUUCGGCAUCUACUACAACCACGGUCAGUGCUGCUGUGCCGGCUCCCGUAUCUACGUCCAGGAUGGUAUCUACGACAAGUUUGUCGCGGCCUUCAAGAAGAGGGCGUUGGAGAACAAGGUUGGAGACCCGUUCGCGGCCGACACCUUCCAGGGCCCGCAGGUCAGCCAGGUCCAAUAUGAGCGUAUCAUGGGCUACAUUGAGUCCGGAAAGCAGGAGGGCGCCACGGUCGAGACCGGGGGUGCCCGCCACGGCGACAAGGGAUACUUCAUCCAGCCGACAAUCUUCACCAACGUCACCCAAAACAUGAAGAUCAUGCAGGAGGAGAUCUUUGGCCCUGUCUGCGCCAUCGCAAAGUUCUCUACGGAAGAUGAGGUCAUCAAGAUGGGCAACGACUCCAGCUACGGCCUCGCCGCGGCCGUCCACACCAACGACCUCAACACCGCCCUCCGCGUCACCAAUCGCCUCCGCGCCGGCACCGUUUGGGUCAACUGUUAUAAUCUUCUCAGGCACGAGGUACCAUUUGGGGGCUACAAACAGAGUGGCAUUGGACGUGAAUUGGGAGAAGCCGCGCUGGCGAACUACACGCAGAACAAGUCUGUUGCUAUUCGGCUUGGUGGUGCGAUGUUCUAGAAUGGUCAUGGCAUUGGUACACGAGAAGCCAAAGCAA